AUGAACGAACGCAAGCGCAAGGUAGACAUCGGCGACCUGGACAUCAAGAAGAAAAAGCGCAAGAGCCGGUUCUCGGACGCUCCUCCUGCCGCUUCCUCUUCCGAUGCCGGAGUGAACCCGUUGACAGGAGCUCCUUUCUCGGCGCGAUACCAGACGCUACUUGCCCAGCGUCAGAAGCUGCCAGUUCACCAGUUCCUCGACCAGAUUCAGGACGCUGUCAAGGCGCAUCAGGUCAUUGUCGUAGAGGGCGAGACGGGUAGUGGCAAGACCACGCAAAUCCCGCAAUUCCUAACGUUGCUUAACGCCUCCAGCGGCAAGAUGGUGGCCUGUACGCAGCCACGUCGAGUGGCCGCCAUGAGCAUCGCCAAGCGUGUGGCCGAGGAAAUGGACGUGCAACUCGGACAGGAAGUAGGUUACACUAUCCGAUUCGAGGACGUUACGAGCCAACGCACCAAGUUGCGCUUCCUCACGGACGGUAUGCUGCUGCAACACGCCAUGAGUGAUCCGCUGCUGUCCAACUACUCGACCAUCUUGCUGGAUGAGGCACACGAACGCACUUUGAGUACAGAUAUCCUGUUCGGUUUACUCAAAGAGGUGCUACCCAAGCGUCCAGACCUCAAGGUCGUUGUCAUGAGUGCGACGCUGGAUGCUGUCAAGUUCCAGAAGUACUUCGAAGGCGCACCACUCAUUGCGAUCCCUGGACGUACCUUCCCCGUGGAGAUUUUCUACACACCGGAGCCGGAACGCGACUACCUGGAGGCUGCUGUGCGUACGGCCGUGCAGAUCCACAUCUGCGAGGAAGAAGGAGACGUACUGCUCUUCUUAACUGGCCAGGAGGAGAUUGAGAACGCGUGUCGUCAAAUUCGUGCGGAAGCUGACGCGUUGGACUCGUCCAAGUACGGCCCACUUGAUGUGUAUCCGCUGUACUCGUCACUCACCCCGCAACAACAGCAACUUAUUUUCAAAGACGCCCCGCCGCCGCGCUUCCCGGGAGGUCCUAAGGGCCGCAAAAUUGUCGUGUCUACCAAUGUGGCAGAAACCUCAUUGACCAUCGACGGUAUUGUGUACGUUGUGGACCCGGGUUUCUCCAAGCAGAAGGUGUACAACCCGCGUAUUCGUGUCGAGUCGCUGUUGGUGUCGCCUAUUUCUCGCGCUUCGGCUAAACAGCGUUCUGGUCGUGCUGGUCGUACGCGUCCGGGUAAAUGCUUCCGUCUCUACACUGAGCAGUCGUUCAUGCGCGACCUGGAGGAGCAGACUUACCCCGAGAUUCUGUGUUCUGAAAUGAGUGGCGUCGUCCUGACACUGAAGCAGCUGGGUAUUGACGAUCUGGUGCACUUUGACUUCAUGGACCCACCUGCUCCUGAGACUUUGAUGCGUGCGUUGGAGAUGCUGAACUAUCUCGGUGCAUUGGACGACGAAGGUGAGCUUACGGAACUCGGUCGUCAAAUGGCUAUGCUCCCGGUACUGCCGCAGUUGGCAAAGAUGUUGAUCUCAUCGGCGAAGUAUCAGGUGCCACAAGAGGUGGCUACUAUCGUAGCUAUGCUGUCUGUGCAAGAACCUUUUGUCCGUCCGAAGAACGACGCCAAGGCUGCCAACGAGGCCAAGGCGACCUUCGCACAUGUGGAUGGUGACCAUCUCACUCUGCUGAAUGUGUUCCACGCGUACAAGUUGAACAACGGUGAUGUGAACUGGUGCUUCCAGAACUACCUGAACAACCGGUCGCUGCAAAGCGCGUCGAACGUGCGUGACCAGCUGAUCCGCAACAUGAAGCGACUGGAGAUGCCGACGCAGUCGACGCUGGACAUCCACUCGCCUCAGUACUACCCCAACAUCAUCAAGGCGCUGGUGUCCGGAUUCUUCAUGCAGGUUGGCCACAAGGCUGCUGGUGGCCACUACGUGACGGUGAAAGACAACCAGGUCGUGCAUCUACACCCUUCGUGCGUGCUGGACAACAAGCCCGAUUGGGUUGUCUACAACGAGUUCGUGCUCACCAGCCGCAGUUACAUUCGUCUGAACACUCGCAUUAUGGGCGAAUGGCUCGUGGACAUCGCACCUCACUACUUUGACCUGGCCAACUUCCCUCCUGGUGAAGCCAAGCGAGAGCUUGAGACGUUGUACCGCCGCAUGAAUGCGCGGAACAACUCCAAGAGCCUUAGGUAAUUUUGCAUUCAUUAUACGAUAGAUGAACUGGUC